AAUCGCCCCUUUAGACUGUGAGUCACCUGCUGUUGGCAAAGUGUUGUGUUUUCUUUCUUUCUGACAAUCAUCCAAACUGCAGCGUCAUGGCUACUACACACUAGCCAGUCCAUAUUUGAAUUGAAUGCUGAGAUAUUAUGUUAAAUAAAAAAUAAAGUCGGGCCUAGUUCCUUUACAUUAUCUUCUCAUUGAUGCCCUGGUCUCCUUACUCAAGCAGUGCGUGUGCGUGAUGUCACUUGGUCGUCCUUUACUCGCUGGCUUGGGUCUUUCUGCCCUGAACCUGACUGGGUCUAAGGAAGUUCUGUUUUAGGUUUCCAGCCUCAUCACUUGGGGGUGGGGGUGUUCCUCAUCCAAGGAUCCUGUUCUAAAAUGAGAUGAAGGCCUGCUGGACUCAAAAACAUAAGAGGCAAUUUUAAGUCAGGGAAGGGGAGGGGGGAGCUUGAUUAAAAAGAAAUAUAUAUCGCUCUUUUUCUCUUCUCUCCCCAUGAAAAUUCAUUCAGUGAUUCCAAGAGAAAUUCUGAAGAGAAGCUGUGACUGUGUGGAUGGUGACUUGGACCGCUACGACCUGAGCGGCAGGAGGAAGGCUUUCGUCAUGUGCGUCAAGGAGGACAGGCCUGGGGCCGACAAGGACAUCCUGUUCAUGAAUUGGUGGCUGGGCCAGUGCCGUUUCGAAUGUACUUUGUGCACCGACCCUGACAGAAUGGAGUUACUUGAAAAACUAACAUCAUUCCGUGAUGGAUUAAAUGAAGUUAAAGAUGAAAUUAGCUGUUGCCUCAUCACUCUCAUGUCCCAUGGAGAAAACGGCUUUAUUAAAAUAAAAGGCGAUCACAGAGUCAGCCUGGAAGACGUUUUUGAAAUGUUUAAUAAUAAAAAUUGUCCGGCACUUCAUGAGAAACCAAAGAUCUUUAUAAUCCAGGCCUGCAGGGGAGAGAGAAGAGAUAAUGGUGUUGAAACGGAUGAUGAACCCAUGGACCUGGAUGACAUAUCGGACAGGAAGAGGCUGCCCACGUUCAGUGAUUAUUUCAUCAUCUAUCCUACCCAGCCCGAUCACGUUGCUUUACGGCACCCCUCUACUGGCUCUGUGAUGAUCGAAGCAAUGACUGACAUUUUUAAAAAGUACGGAAAUAAGUGGCACAUCGCUGACUUUUUCACCCAAGUUAAUAACAAGGUGGUGCACACGGACUAUUUUCGACGUGGGGAACCGAUAAAAGUAUCGCUUGUAAUGGAAUCUACUCUGACUAGAUCCGUGUACUUUUGACAGCAGGAGGAUUUGGAAAUAAGGACUGCUUUGUACUAGACUUUGUGAAGAACUGUGAGGCUUUGUAGCAUAGUACAAAUGGCUAUCACUUUGCAUUAUUUCUGCCACUAGUUGUGUUUCUCCAAUUUGUUUUGUACAUGUGUAUGGUUUUUCUAAGAUUUAACUCUGCAUAUUUGGAACUUGUAAACAAUUUGACUAUUUUUACUGAUU